UUCCGAUCGCUGGCCAUACGCACCACUUUGCGUGUUCUUCUCCCGCUGGCUGGGUCAACUCCGAGUGCUUCUUCCCCAAAGAUGGAGGGCCUGGGUUCCAAUACGCUACCUGAUUCGAUCGGUAACAAGAAUGAGCGGAAUCGGUGCUGUAUCUUCCUCGGUUCUAUCUUUCUCGGCUGGGCCAAGCCGACUGCUCGUCGCCGCACGGACGACUACGGGGAUCCCUUCAUGAAAAUGUUUGCCCAUGCUGCCAUAGAUGAUGGUAGCCGUUUGGUGGAGGAGAUGAAGAUCCUCAUGACGGAUGAAGGUGGAGGCAGAAGCAGGAUGGUUUACACCAAGGGAUUCAUCCUCGACUCGGCGGCAUCGGCGCAUGCCACGAGCAACCUGGCGCUCCUGUCCGAGUACGACUACGAGACGCUUGUCGACAGCGGGCGUGUUCUCUGCGGUGCCACCGGGCACCUUCUGCCGAUAUGCGGGUCCGGAUCCGUGCGCACCGACAGAUUCACCCUCCCCGACGUGCUCUUUGUCCCGGGGCUGGAGAAGAAUGUGGUGUCCGUCUCCAAGCUCGUCGAGCUGGACUACGGGGUGGACCUGGGCAAGGCCGGAUGCUUCGUCAGGGACACUCGCACCGGCAACCUCGUCGGUGAAGGCAGGCUCGUCCCGGGGGGGCUCUACGAGCUGGACCUCCUAAAGGUCCCCCUUUGACAGGGCAGCAAUAUAUAGCUAGCCGGCGCCGGCCUCUGAUGCCGUCGUGUUCGCUGUCGCAAACUGGGUCUGGGUGAAUAAAGUCUCUAUCCGCUCGAAUUUGUGUUGCUGCGCUAGCUGUACCGAGAGAACUGACAUGUCGAUCGACUUGGGUGCGCUUUUCGAAUUUGUUGGGCUGCUUAAUCAUUUCCUGACUACUAUUAUUUUCCCCUAAACUCAUGCACUUCCUCCUUCCAAUAAGACGGUCGCAAGUUGUUGGUUGUGU